AUGGUCACACCGCCACACCUCGUUCGCCCUCGUCCGCGCUUGGCGAACUGGCUCUCCUCCUUCCUCCUCCUCGCCCCGUCGCGUGCUCUAGUGGCUGUGCGGCCGUUCAUCCACGCCGUACAGCACCAUCCUUUGCGGCAGAGGUCCUCUGCUGCAGCUGCUGCGGACGGGGCCGGUGCACAGCUUGUCUGGCUCACCGGCGCCGAGGACCUCAGACUGAGCGACCACGGCGGCUUCGAGGCGGCCAGCGCCGCCGGUGCCGUGGUGCCCGUCUUCGUGCUCGACCCGGCCGUCCAUCUCUCGUACCCGCCUCCGCGCCUGCGCCGGCUGCACCGGGCCCUCUCGAGCCUCGAGGCUGCGCUGAGCGAGGAGUACGGCGUGACGCUCGUGGUCCGCCGCGGCGGCGCGUCCGCCGUGCUGCCGCAGGUGGCGCAAGAGUGCGGCGCCACGGCCUGCCAGUCGGGCCAACGAUGCACAAGGGCCGCGACAAAGUGA